AUGGAUUUUCUCUUUAAAAAGCCUUCAACAGACAACACUGAAUCCGAAACUCAACAAGGUGAUAACUCAUUUACAUUCAAGUUUUCAAGUGGAGGAAAUGAUACUGGAAAUGUGUUUAGCUUCCUUGAUAGAGGAAAUGGUUCACCUCCAGCCCAAGUAGGAUCGUCAUCUUCAUCAAACAACAAUGCUGGCAGCUUUAGUUUUCUUUUCAAGGAUUCUGCCCAGCCUUCAACAACCUUUACCCCAAGUCAAUCAGAAUCUUCUUCAGUUAACACUUCUGGUUCCUUUCCAUUCCAUACAGAAUCUCCACCCAAUAAGAAUAUUAGAAUUGGUACUAAUCAACCUUCCGCUCAGUCUUCGUUGUUUGGUGUAUCAUCACUUACUCCAGCUAAGAGACCUUCCAGCGAUAUAGAAUCCUCAGCAGAUCAACCACUAACCUCAAGAGAGCAAGCAGGUGCUAUUGAGAAGGACUUUAAUAGCUCUCUUUUGAAGAGUCCUCCAAGCUUACAACCUCUUUCAAAAAAGAUCAAACAAUCUCCUCUCCAACCUGAAUCAUUUGCCAAUAAGGAAAACGUCAAACCUUUGAGUGAUGAAGGUAGUGCUCAAACAGGUGGCACCUCUCUUCCAUUUUCUCCUAAAAAGUUUUCUCUCAGUACUGCUUCACCAAUUAAGGCUUCACCACAAAAAUCAAAUAGUGCAGAGUUUUCAACUCCCAAGAAGCCACUCCAACCAGUUAAUAGCAACAGGAUGACACCACCUCCAAGCUUUCAGUUAAUGAAAUCACCAGCAACUUCUUCAAUGCAACAAACUCCCACCAAAGCCAAUCCCUCCACAACUCAUGUUAAUACUCCAAGACCUCCUCUCAAUGUUAAUCAUCAACUCACCUCCUCAACUCUCUUACCAAGAGUGGAAGAAGAUAAUCUUCAACAAUCAUUCGAAAGAACUGAAAGAUUCAUUUCAAAGCACAGAUCAGACCUCGAUGAAAUGAAAGAGGUUGAGCAACAAUUAGAAGGAGUCAAGAGAAAAGACACAGAGCUUUGUAAGACUAUGGACGAGAUUAACACCAAGAUGAACGAGCACUCUGACACACUCAAGACACUUACUCUCAGGGUAACAUUAUUGACCAAUAAGAUGCUCAUGACGCAAUGUCCAAUUAUUAAUGAAAAGGUAGAGCAAAUUCACUCCAAGUAUGCCCAUUUGAUCAAUAAGACUCUUUAA